CCUCCCCCUGGCGGACCCCGCUGACCCCCCCUCGCCUCCCCAGAACUGGAUCACUGUUGCUAAGAAACAGUCGUGGGCGUGUCAGGGCUCUGUGGCUCCACCCCCCUCCAUGCAGCCAAGUCCCGCCCACCAUAACCCUGACUGGGAAAGUCCACCGGGGACAUCCCAGGAUACAUGUGGGCAGGCCUGCAGUCAGAGGCUAGCAAAGGAGAAGACGGAGCCGUGUGGCGUGGGUCUGGGGGUCAGUCCCGUCCCUCUCACCCCAGGCCUGCAGGACCCCCCCCAGGAUGUCCUUGGCCCCCCAGUUAGCAACAAGUUCUCUGGCCAGCGAAUGUACCUGCAGAGCCUGGACCGCAGCAGCCGGGCCUGGGUGCUGUCCUCAGGAAAGACCCAGGCUUCAGACGAGGCUUCCAGGCUGCAGCCGGAGCCCAGCAGCAACAUCUGGUACAACCCCAUCCCCGAGGAGGAGGACGCCGCUGGGCCGCGGGAUCUCUGGAGGAGACAGGGGGACGCGGGGGGGAGGGGAGGUCAAGAGAAUCUGAGCAGGGACGGCCCACUAGAGGGCGCCAGCCCCAGUGUUAACCACCAGGCUGAUGACAUCACAACAGAAAACACAGACCCCGCCCCCUCCAACUCUAGCCCCACCUCCCAGAAGAAGGGGGGGGGGGGCGGAUCCAGCAGCGUGAUUGACAGGCUGCGGUCUCCAGGUACGGUGAGGAAACUCUCCCUGAAGAUGAAGAAACUUCCUGAGCUGCGACGCAAACUCAGCCUUCGCUCCUCGUCUCGAGCCUGCCGCCAGGAGGCCGACAGCCGGGGGGGCGGCGACGAGCCAGCCAAUAAAAACGCAUUGUCAUCGUCGGCCAAUCAGAAUGUGAUCAGCAGGUAUCACCUGGACAGCUCAGCCCUCCCGGCCAGAUCACUGAGGCGCUCGUCCAGAGGACGGUCGGCCAAAGGAGGUCAUCUGAGCGAUGGGGACUCCCCCGAGCUGUUGCCACGGCAACAGCCCCCCCCCAUCCCCUCCUCCCAGGUAAAGGUGUGCGACGUGAGUCUAUUCCGCGUGUACGUGGGAUCCGACCCCCCGAGGUGCAGCCAGCGGGUGACGGGGCUGCUGACAGUGCAUCUGCUGCGCCUGGACCAGAUCAAGACCAGCAGGUCCGAGGACAGUAAGGACGUCUUCCUCGCCAUCCAGAUUGACGGCGUGACCAGGGCCAGGACGUCGCUGCUGACGCUGCGAGGCUCCUCCCACCCAUUGGACCACGCCUUCCACCUGCAGCUAGAGCGAGCCCGCCAGCUACGCAUCGUGGUGCUGACCCCAGGUAACCCUGAUAACCAUGGUAACCCUGCCAAUCCAGCGGCGGCAGUGGGCAGGGCUAAAGGGACGGAUCAGACAGGUCCAAUCAGAAACAGAGUCUGCGGCCUCGGGGGCGUCUCCAUUCCCCCGCUCUUUAAAGGGAGUCGCAGUCAGCAGCUCUGUGUGAAGCUGGAGCCCAGAGGACUUCUUUACGUCAAACUCUCCCUGCAGGAAAAAUGGGACACACAGCCCAGCAGUGACUCAGCACUUCCUGCCAGCGUGUUCGGGGUGGAGCUGCACCACCUGGUGGAGAAAGAAGGAUCUGCGUCACCAAUCCCUCUGCUCAUCCAGAAAUGUGUUGCAGAGAUAGAGCGACGGGGACUCAAGGUGGUGGGACUGUACAGACUGUGUGGUUCUGCGGCGGUGAAGAAGGAGCUCCGUGAUUGGUUUGAGAGAAACAGUUCAGCUGUUUGUCUCAGCGAGGAUCUGUACCCGGACAUCAACGUCAUCACAGGGAUACUGAAGGACUACCUGCGGGAGCUGCCCUCUCCGCUCAUCACCAGGACUCUGUACCAGGUGGUCAGGGAUGCCAUGAUGCUGAGACCCCCCCCUGUCCAACCUGGGACCCCAGAUCAUGAUCCCCAGCUGGCCCAGAGCACCGUGGAGCUGCUGUCCUGUCUGCCGCCUGCAGAGAGGGCCACGUUGUCCCUGUUGCUGGACCACCUGAGCCUGGUGGCGUCCCUCAGCCCGUCCAACAGGAUGAACCACCAGAACCUGGCGGUGUGCUUUGGCCCGGUGCUGCUCACGCCGACCCAGGACGCCUGGAGGGCGGGCGGGGGGGGCAGGGGAGGACGAGGGGAGGGGAAGGGUCCUGGGGAAGAGAUAGCCAGUGCAGUAGAUUUCAAACUACACAUCGAGGCGCUUCACUACCUGCUGCAGCUGUGGCCAGUGCCGAGCUAUCGCGUCCCAGUAGACGACCCCAUUGACGUGUCCCUGCCUCCUCCCCCCGCUCUUACCCAUAACCCCCUGGGCCUGCAGCAGAGGCCUCCUGCCCUGCGAUUGGCUCUGCCCCUGAGCCCUGAGGGGGGGGUAGUGGUGUCCCGUCGGGGCCGAGGGGGUCUGGCCCGGCUGGAGAGUCCGCCCCCGAUCAACCGGUACGCGGGGGACUGGAGCGUGUGUGGGCGGGAUCUCCUGUCCAGACAGGAAGCUGAUUACGAUGAGGUGGCAGGAAGUGACAGUGACGCAGGCAGUGAUGAUGAUGAAGAGGAGGAGGAGGAGAAGAAGGGGGCGUGGUCACCAGGAGGAGGAGGAGCUCUGUACGUGGACGAGUUCUUGGAUUUUGAUGCUCCCUUUAACUGUCGCCUGAGUCUGAAAGACUUUGACACCCUGAUCCACGAUCUGGACCGAGAGCUGGCCAAGCAGAUCAACAUUUGUCUGUAGAGGAGACGUCCUUUGCCAUGGCUACGUUCAGGCUCCAUUGCCAUGGCUACAUACAGACUCCAUCGCCAAGGCUACCUUUUGGUUUUGAGCCCAAAGUGAUCUUGAUGCUCCAGUGUUUUUAUCUCCAGUAGAAACUAAUCUCUGGUUAGACCUCAUACCUCAUAACAUGAGCAGGGGGGAUGAGAGGGGAAACACCAGAGCAGGUGGAAUGAGAGGGGUAACACCAGAAGAGGGGGAAUGAGAGGGGUAACACCAGAGCAAGGGG